AUGGCGCCCGCAGGAGAGAAGAAUGGCGGCAAGCGCAGGAUGGAGGAGGGAGCGGAGGAAGAGAAUGGAGACGGUGGAAAGCGGAGACGGGUUGAGGGAACGGAGGGAGAGAGCGGGGGGGUGCAGCCGAAGAAGAAGCCGACCAGCGAGCAGCGCAAGAAGGAUCAGAGAGCCUUUGAUCUGGGCAUGCGGAAGGUCGCGAAGGUGGGGCUGGGGAUGACGGAGGCCUGGCCUUCGAAGGGAAGGGCGAACGCGUAUGCGGAGGCAAACGGGAAGCAGGUGGAUUGGGAGAAGGUGAUGAAAUUGGCGAAGGAGCCCAGGGGGCCGGGGGUCAAGGUGGAGGAUGCGGAGUGGCACAAGUGUGUGACGCGCAAGGGGGAGGGGGGUGCUCUCCGGUCUGUGGAGGGGCACCCUGCUGGUGGGGAGGAUGUUGGAGGGAUGGGGAUGGGGUAUGCUCCCCAGCCUGUGGAGGAGCACCCUGCUGGUGGGGAGAUUUUUGGAGGGAUGGUGGAUUGGGCUCAACCCCAGUUUGUGGUGGGGUUCCCUUUUCCCGGGAGGGAUUUCGGAGGGAUGGAGGAUGGAGGUKCUGGUGGGGAGGAUCUUGGAGAAGGGUUGGAUCUCCGUGCUCUCCAGCCUGCGGGGUAG